CAGUCCACCUUAAACCGUCUUCGCGGAGUGUUGGAAGCCUAAAAGAAAAAAAAAGAAAAGCCAGGGAAAACGUCUUUUUGUGUGGAAAAGCAAACUUUCCUCAAUUUGAAUUGCAGUGCCUGAAAGUUAUUCUUAUUUUAAGUUUUCCGCAGACAUUUCUACCCUCCAAAAAAAUAAUUCACACUACGCCUCAAAGUGAAAGUGUAGUAGUGAGAAAAGCUACUAAUUUCCAUUCUUGCAAUAAUGACUGAUGUUGGGGAGAGUUCAACAAAUGUGGAUAAGAAUGAGAGUGAACGAAAUUUCAGUCCUGUCGUUUAUCCGGAUGCUGGAUCUCUGCGGGAGCCUCAGGAUACAACCAUCGAGAUGACUGAGAAGUCCAAUGGAGCCUCAAAGACGGGCCUCAAUCUCACAAUACCCACCCAGCAGAACAAUCAGGAAGACGACGAUGCUGAUCCAGACAGAAAUGGUGGGGUUCACUACAGAAAACACCCGCGACCCUUCAGUGCCUACAGCAAUCAUCCUGAUACGAAUACAAGCAAAUCGCCAGGACCUUAUGCUCCACGGCUCUGGAACUACAACCGCAUGAGCUCCUACCAACCCUCCAUCUCACAAUCGCACUCCGACAUGGAUCACCUCAUCCCGCCACCGACCUGCGAAAGGGACAAAUCCAAAAUGACCAGGCGAUAUUUUGCCACCGUCUUUGCCCUGUGCUAUGCCAUAUUCCUGGUGAUCUUUGGCAUGGUGGUCUUUAUCGGAGACGCUGUGAAAACGCAAUAUCCUCUGGGUGAGGCAUUUGGUAUCUAUAUGCUGAGUGUGGGAUUUAUCUACUUCAUCAGUCUCUACAUUGACAUUCGAUUGCACAUUAAGCAAGCUAAAGAAACCAUGAAGAAUCGUCAGAAGCGACAAAUGCUCUUUGAGGAACAUUUGGCUAAAUUGCAAAAUGAAUCGGGACCUCUUGAACUUACGUCCAACACCGCUAAUCAGAUAUGGGACGUUGAACCUGUUCAACCCUUAAGUCACAAGUACUGCUUCCAGACCGGAAGACACGGUGAACUGUUCUACCUGAAACUAGGUGCUGCCUGGUUCUGCUUUGGUCUCCUCAUCCAUUCGGUACUCAUCGUGAGCUACCAAGUGAUCUUCCUCACGUCAGUUGAUCCAGACUUCUACGAAUGUGCCUCAACCCUGACCCUAGCUCUAGACAUCAUGUUCCCUCUCUACAGCAUCUUUGUCCUAUUUUUCGUCUUCAAGUACGCCAACGUCAUCAUCAAUCAAGCCCGUGGCCUAGCCAGGUUCUUCCUGAUGCACGCCAUCGGAACCUCAAUGGCUUUCUGGGUGUACACAAUUGUCCGCGAAACCGUAGAUGCUAUCAGACUCAAGUACCUGGAGAGUGAAAAUGAGAACGCUGCUGCAUCCAAUGCUACAGACUGGAUUUCCAUUGAAGAUGCCCUCAAGUGCCCCGGACCCGAAGAACUCAACUCAAUUUUCCGCACUUUCUCACCCUAUCUCUAUCCCUUCGUCAUUGAAUUUUGCAUCUUAAUCGCUGGAAUUUACUACAUAAUCUGGGCAAAUAUAAGCCAGUGCCCUAAGAAACACUCAGCCUCGGGUCAUCAUGAAAAUCCCCCUGGCCAUGAUGAGAAACACAUCGAAAAUGGCGGAAUCCCAACCUCGGCUGGCUCCCAGCAUGACUCCAUGCCAAAGAUUUCUCAUUCAGUGGACAGUAUCUCAUCUUACGAUCACUGUGCUAACCAUGAUAUUCACUUCAAGAGCAACAUCAUCGUCCAUGCAGACUGCCAUGCUGCUAGUCGAGGUCUCUUCGCUGGGUUCGUCCUACUGGUCCUCACACUCGUUGUGAUUAUCCUGUUCUUCGUAGCAGUUAAUGAAGACGACUAUUUCGACAUCGGAGUAAUUUUGAACUCUAGCUUCGAACUAGCUGUGCUGUGUAUUUUAAUAAUCGCCAAUUUGUUGGCCUACUUCCAAAUCUCCAAACUGGACAUCAACACCCAUCCAAUGUCCAAGCUGGACGAUGUCUUGCUGUUCAUUGCGAUCCCUGCCUUCUUCCUCGAGACAAUUUUUAGCAUGGUUCCAGCCAUUUACAACGGUUCAGUCCUCAAUAUCUGCAUCAUCCUGAGUCAACUGGUGCAGAUCCUGAUUCAGACACCCUUCAUCAUUGACGGAAUGCGAAGGUGUUCCAAUUCAGCAGCCAAUCGCAAGAACAAACCCGGAAGAGAACUUAUCACCUUCCUAACCAUCGCUAACGUCUCCCUCUGGCUCUACCUCACUUUCUCCGUAAAGACAGCCUACACCGGUGAUGAGAGAUAUGCAUUCUACGGCUAUACUCUGUGGUCCAUCCUCAACCACUUGUCAUUGCCACUGAUUAUGUUCUAUCGCUUCCACGCAUCUGUAUGUCUCGUGGACAUUUGGAGGCACGCAUAUGAACCAGGAGGUGGCCACUAAUUGAUUUAUUUCCUCUCCACACCAUUGUUUCCCACUUCACCAUCACCAAAAUACCUGAUUUACCCACAAAUCACACAAUUAGGUCACUCAUCCUUGGAUAAAAGUCCAACACUCCUGGUAAUACCUCUUCAGUCCAACAAAUUGAACAUCCAAUUCGCAACACAUACUCCAAGCUAUACCAGGCGAAAAAAAAAGGUACAACACCCAUUAUCAUUAUGGAUACGGCAAAUAGAUGAGAUGAAAUAACAAUUUUCCACACGAGGGAAAAUUUGUCCAUUUCGAGAGAGUGCACCCUCAUCAUUAAAUUGUGUGCAUGUGCCAUCAAUGUGAGCUAAAUUGUGGACGCACAGUGGACACAUGGUCAGAAGGAUGCUUUUCAUUGAUAUUAGACAACAGCAUGAAGUUAUAAUUGUCUUAAAACGUUUAUUUUUUACCGCUUUUAUCCGCCCUAAAAAAGACAUUUCAAUAAAUUGACUAUGAAAUGAAAA